AAGUGCGGGGGCUAAAUCCGGGCUGGGAGAAGAUCGACACCACGUCCCUGGGAUUAACUUAGCGAGGAUCGCUCGGAUGGCACACAAGACGCGCUCGGCACCAAAAUCCGCCCACGAUGUUGCGUUUUGUCGGGGGGUUGAAACGAGGCACAUUCCAGCAGGCCAAUGGAGGGUCCCUCGUCGGGUUCGUCCCAGAAGAGCAGAAGGCUCGCGUGGGAAUGGAGUCCGCAAGGGAGAUCGCAGCCCGUUUGGGGAGAUUCCUGGCGGGUCGCUCAAGCGGCGCAUUUCCCAUCUAAAAUCUUCGCAUCCACCACGGACCCGGGGGUUUGGCAGCGUCUCCUGAUUGCGACAAGUUCAGUCACAGUUCAGGGAUCAAACACCAAACGAGCCAUCAACCAACAUGUCAGUCCUCAUCGGGCAGGCGCCCAACAACCUUGGGCCGUUGACGACGACGUUCACGCCGCCGCCAGAAUGCACGGUCGCGGUGGGCGCGGGAAGCAACGCGAUAGCAGACUUUUUCGGGGUCGGUGGUGAUAAGGACGUUGCCUUUCUCGGGCAGGGCUGCGCUGGGGGGAAGGCCUUCGAUGCCACGACAUGCUGGCCAGAAACGUCAAAGGGCGCCGAGGAGAGGGACGCGCCGCUAUCCGGAUGGGGGUUCUACUCGCCGGGCUUGAAUUGCCCGGUUGGGUACGCGACCGCCUGCUCGGCAACGGGGGGCAGCGGCGGAGGAUCUGGCUGGCCGGUGCAGUUCAAGCUACGAGAUGGCGAGACGGCGGUCGGCUGCUGUCCAAGUGGAUAUGAUUGCGCCAACAUCAACGGCCAGACAUGCACCAUGGUGGCUACCUCCACCACGAUACCUAUCGUCACAUGCGACGGGAGCAAAAGCGGCGACGUUGCGUCCCAGACGGUCCCCGACGAUGAAGCCUCCAUCACAGCGUUCAGCCUAUUCGCGCCAAUGAUCCAGAUCAACUGGCAGAGCAGUGACCGACCCAAGUCAACAACAACCAGCUCCCGCAGAAGUGCAACGAGAACCUCAACCACGGACCGCGCCAGACCAACAUCAGAGGAGACAAGUGCUAGCGACGACGACGACGACACCAAGUCAACCGAGACCUCUGGAGGUGAGACUCUUGUCCUUGACGAAAACCCGCAAACAACAGGCGACAAAGUGGACGUUGGCGUCAGCCCUCCAACUAUUACCCCCACCCUACAAGAAAACGAAUCGUCCUCCGAAGAAGGCGGAAUCAGCUCGGGGGCUAAAGUGGCCAUCGGAGUUGCGAGUUCGGUGGCGGUGCUCAUGGUGCUCGUGUGCGCUCUGUUCUACUGGUGGAGGAAGCGCAAGACACGGCGGGAAGAACAGGAACUGGACAGGCUGUACGGGCUCAAGCACAGCAUGAGUAUUGGCGGCGACUUCACGAAUAGUAGCGACAUCCCCGGCUGGUAUCGUGGGCAGAAAUUGGGGACGGCGGUGAACGAUCGAUUUGGGGUGCACGAUGCAAAUCAUGGGAAUGUUGGGAAUCACGGGACGGUGCCUGAGAUGGAAAGACCGGCAGCGCCGUAUUACCGCCCAUAUCGGCCGGCGUAAUGGAUGUUGGGAGUGUGCGUUAUGUUAUGUAUGUUGUGUACAUGUACGAAUUGCGAAUUGAUUCGACCAGAUGGAGUUUGCUUGCUGCGAGAUCGUUCUUGCACUCACCAGGUUUCCAUCUUGAAGUCCAGGAAGGAAGGAACGUCCGAAUAAACUCUGGCAUCCUGUUUCGUU